AUGUCAAAAGGAAUUAGGAUGGCUCUAGUUAUGAAUCUCUUAUCUCUUUUAUUUUCAGGAGUCUUAGUUCAUUCUGGUCAAAGUACUGUACCUCUCAAAUCCUUCAAGAUAGGUGAAAAUGUAACAUAUGAUUGUAUAGAUAUUUAUAUGCAAUCCGGACUUGGCCAUCCCUUACUCAAAUACCAUACAAUUCAGAUGAAACCAUCAGUUUCAAGGACUAAAUUAAAAGGUCCAAUUGGAAUAAACAAAGUACAAAAACAGAAAAUACCAUGUCCAGAUGGAACAAUUCCUGUAUGGAGAAAUACAAAAGAAUUCACCACCAACGCUCAAGUUUUGGGAGAGAACCAUGUUCAUUCUCUAUCACCUAAUAGUUCUGGAACACAUCUUGCUGGAGUAAAGUCACAAAAUGGUCCAUUUCGUGGUGUAGAAGCUUGGUUUAAAAUGUUUAAACUAGACAUCGCACAAGAUCAAGCCUCGUAUGGUCAAAUAUAUAUAGGCAGUGGACCGAAUAACGAGGACAAUUAUAUUUCAGCGGGUUGGAUGAUAAAUCCAAGCAUUUUUGGUGACGGACGUACUUGGACAUAUGGAUUUUGGAAGGGUAAAGAUGGAAAAGGAUGUUACAAUACAGCAUGUUCAGGGUUUGUUCAAGUAUCACAGACGUUUCCCAUAGUUCAACCCAUAGAUUUUCCGCCUGGGCAGUCUCUCUGGUUGCAUUACCUCAUCCAUCAGGACAAAAAUACAGGAAACUGGUGGCUUACAGAACUGGGGUCAGGUGAACCCAACGUCGAUAUUGGAUAUUGGCCAAAAGAGCUAUUUAACCUUUUAGACAAUGGUGCGAAUCUGGUUGGAGCUGGUGGUGUAGUUCAGGCUUCACCUUCUGGUUCAAGCCCUGAGAUGGGUAAUGGUCAAUUUCCGAAUGUUAACCACCCCAAGGAUUCGGGAAUUUUCACAAAUAUCGAAGUGUUGGAUUCCAAUUAUGUGCAGCACAAAAUGAAUUAUUUUCCUACACAAGUGGUUCUAGAUAGUCCCAAAUGCUAUGGGCUAACAAUUGGUAAGAAAUUUAUAUUCCGACGCAAUCCACUUGGUUUCUAUAUUAAUUAUGGUGGUCCAGGAGGAAACUCUUGUGGAGUUUGA